AUGGCAGCUUCAGACAGCCCUGCACAUCCGCGCCAUGUUGUGCCCGAAUCAGGGCCCAAGAUGGUCAAUCGGUUGCAGCAGAGCAGGUCCCCCUAUGUCCGAGGACAUAUGAAUAAUCCAGUAGCAUGGCAAGUAUGGGAUGCGGAGUCUAUGGAGCUUGCAAAAAAGCAUAAUCGCUUAAUCUUCCUGAGCGUCGGUUACUCCGCCUGUCACUGGUGUCAUGUCAUGGAAAAAGAAUCUUUCAUGUCAGCUGAGGUGGCCGCGAUUUUGAAUGAAUCGUUUGUUCCGAUCAAGGUUGACCGCGAAGAGCGACCGGAUAUCGACGAUAUCUACAUGAAUUAUGUGCAGGCCACCACGGGCUCCGGCGGGUGGCCAUUGAAUGUCUUUUUAACCCCAGACUUGGAACCCGUAUUCGGUGGCACUUAUUGGCAAGGCCCCAACUCAAACACAUUCACUGGCCCUGAGACAAUUGGAUUUGUAGAGAUUUUGGAGAAAUUGAGAGAUGUUUGGGACACCCAACAGCAACGAUGCCUCGACAGCGCCAAAGAAAUCACCAAGCAGCUAAAAGAGUUUGCCGAGGAAGGGACGCACUCACAGCAAGAAGAACAGGAUAAAGAUGAGGAAAUGGACAUUGAGCUCCUAGAAGAAGCUUAUCAACAUUUCGCAUCUCGAUACGACUCUAUCAAUGGCGGCUUUGGCCGCGCACCUAAGUUUCCCACGCCGUCCAAUCUUAGUUUCCUGCUUCGGCUUGGUGCCUACCCGACCCAGGUUACCGAUGUUGUAGGGAAAGAUGAGUGUGAACAAGCGACUGCUAUGGCCGUUACUACACUGGUGAACAUGGCCCGCGGUGGACUUCGGGAUCACAUCGGCCACGGGUUUGCGAGAUACAGCGUGACAAUGGACUGGGGGCUUCCCCACUUCGAGAAGAUGCUUUAUGACCAGGCACAGCUCUUGGAUGCAUAUGUGGAUGCCUUCCGGUUGACCCAUGACCCUGAGCUUUUGGGCGCUGUCUAUGAUCUGGCUGCCUACCUCACAACCGCACCAAUCCAGUCUCCCACGGGAGGGUUCUUUUCAUCAGAGGAUGCAGACAGUUAUCCUAGUUCAAAUGACACAGAGAAGCGAGAAGGUGCAUUCUACGUCUGGUCACUGAAGGAAAUCACUCAAGUUCUCGGACCCCGAGACGCACCGGUUUGCGCCCAACAUUGGGGUGUGCUCCCUGAUGGCAAUGUCCCACCUGAGUACGACCCGCACGAUGAGUUUAUGAAUCAAAAUGUGUUAGCCGUCAAAGCCACCCCGAGCAAGCUUGCCAAAGACUUUGGUCUCAGCGAAGAGGAAGUGGUCAGAAUCAUCAAGACUGGAAAGCAAAAGUUGCACGACUACCGCGAGCGAAUGCGCGUGCGACCAGAUCUCGACGACAAGAUCAUUGUGGCUUGGAACGGACUGGCAAUUGGCGCACUUGCCAAGUGCAGUGUUUUGUUCGAGGAAAUUGAGAGCUCCAAGGCCGUCCAGUGCCGCGAAGCCGCAGCACGGGCAAUCAGCUUCAUCAAGGAUAACCUCUUUGACAAGGCUACAGGGCAAUUAUGGCGUAUCUACCGAGACGGAAGCCGGGGAGACACACCGGGUUUCGCUGACGACUAUGCAUACUUGACUAGCGGUUUACUGGACAUGUAUGAUGCCACCUUCGAUGAUAGCUAUCUCCAAUUUGCCGAGCGAAUGCAAAAGUACCUUAAUCAAUACUUCCUAGCCCAGGCGGGCUCUACGGCUACCGGAUAUUACAGCACACCAUCAGUGACAACACCUGGAAUGCCCCCUCCUCUCCUCCGACUGAAGACUGGUACUGAGUCAGCAACACCGUCAGUCAACGGCAUCAUUGCUCGCAACCUACUGCGUCUGGCCGCUCUGCUGGAAGAUGAAAAUUACCGAACCUUGGCACGACAGACCUGCAACUCGUUCGCUGUGGAGAUUAUCCAACACCCUUUCCUAUUCGUUGGAAUGUUGGAUGUGAUCGUGGGUCUGCAGAUUGGCACGCGCACUGUGAUAGGUGUCUUUGCCACAGCCGAAGUUUCUUCAUUGCCCAACUCAGGUUCCAGUCUCAGUCGCAAUGCCGAGCCCGUAUCUACACGCGACCUGAUCCGCCGGCGAGUCCGGGCUCAGGCUGGUGUGGCAGUCUCCUCAUCUGUAGUAGUGACAUCUCUCGUCGAUAUCCGUCCCUCGCACCUUAAAGACUUUGUGGGCAACCAGUCUUUCUGGCUAAAAUCCCGCAACCCGCUUUUCCAAGACCUCAAGGCUGGUGAACCGGCGAAAAAUCAGCUAAUGGUUUGCGAGGCUGGGCAAUGCAACAUCAUCGACCUCUAA